AUGCAUUUGAAAGAGAAAUGUUCUUUGCUGCUAAAGGUCAGGAAACCUUCAAUCCCUUUUGUUUUCAACACUAACGCCAGUCUUAAUCCACAAAUUCAACAAAACCCAAAGACAGAAUUGAGAGAAGCUGAUGUCUUGAAGAGAUUGAACCAUGAAAAAGACAUUACUUUGGCUCUUGAAUAUUUUAAAUUCCUAUCCAAUUCAAAAACUUUCAGACAUACAAGUCUCACAUACCAAACAAUUAUUGAAAAGCUAGGGGAUGAAUGCGGUGUAGAUGGAGUUCAAUACCUUCUGCAGCAGAUGAAACUGGAAGGGAUCAGUUGCUCAGAAGAUUUAUUCAUUAGUGUAAUCAGUUCUUACCGAAGAGCAGGAGCAGCUGAUCAAGCGCUGAAAACAUUUUACAGAAUUCAAGAAUUUGGGUGUAAGCCUACUGUUAAGAUCUAUAACCAUCUAUUGGAUGCUUUGUUGAACGAGAAUAAGUUUCAUAUGAUUAAUCCUAUUUAUAGUAACAUGAAGAGAGAUGGGAUGGAACCAGAUAAGUAUACAUACAACAUCUUAUUGAAAGCAUUAUGCAAGAACAAUCGGAUUGAUGGUGCACACAAGGUGCUCGUAGAAAUGUCAAAGAAAGGAUGUUCUCCAGAUGAAGUGAGUUACACCACCAUUGUUUCUUCAAUGUGUCAUCUUGGUAAGGUAAAAGAAGCAAAGGAGCUUGUCCAAACCAUUAUAGGAGAUUUUCCUAUGGUUUCUGUAUAUAAUGCUUUAAUGAAGGGAUUCUGCAAAGAAGGUGAUUUAAACCAGGCGUUUCAGUUAAUAGAAGACAUGGUAAUUCAUGGGGUUUUCCCAAACGAAAUCACCUUCACAACAAUUAUAAACACCCUUUCAGAUCUUGGUGAAGUUAAGCUUUCACUUGCGAUAAUGGCCAAGAUGUUCUUGAGACAAUGCAACCCAAAUGUCUUCACUUUCACUUGUUUGAUAAAGGGUUUUUGCAUGAAAGGGAAAAUGGAAGAUGCGUAUGAAGUUUAUAACAAAAUGAUCCAAGAGGGUAUUUCACCAAAUGUUGUCACCUACAACACUCUCAUACACGGGUUCUGUUCUAUUGGAAAUAUGCAGAAAGCUGUUUCUUGUUAUCUUGAAAUGGAAAAACUAUCAUUCCUUCCAAAUGUAACAACAUAUGGAACUUUGAUCAACGGGUAUGCAAAAUGUAGGGACUUUGUAGGUGCAUCAGAGACAUGGAACAAGAUGAUAACACAAGGCUGCCACCCGAAUGUUGUGGUGUACACAUCAAUGGUGGAUGUCCUUUCUCGUAAUUUCAUGUUUGAAGAAGCUUAUAACCUCAUCAACAACAUGAAUUGUGCACCAAAUGCAGCCACCUUCAAUGCAUUCAUCAAAGGUCUAUGCGCCAAUGGAAAAGUGGAUUUAGCUAUGAAUUUGUUGUUUAAAAUGGGGAGCAUGGCUGAUUUGACAACAUUCAAUGAGCUAUUAAUGGGGUUUUCAAAAGUCAACGACUUUAGAGCCAUGUUUGACCUUUUGGUUGAGAUGGAAGAAAGAGGGGUUGGGGUUAAUUUGGUCACGUAUAACACGAUUAUCAACAUGCUUUGUUGUAAUGAUAGGGUUGAUGAUGGUUUGAAGGUUAUGGCAAAGAUGGUGGUGAAAGGGGUGAAACCAGAUAAAAUCACCUUCAACAUAAUGAUCAAUGGGUGUUGUAAGAAUCGUAGGGUUGACCUUGUGAGUCAACUCUUGGAAGCCAUGAAGAAACAUGGUUUGCAAGCCGAUUUGGUAACAUACACGAGUCUUGUUUAUGGGAUGUGUGAGUCAAAUGGUGUGGUUGAAGCUCAGGAAUGGGUGAUGAAAAUGGUGGAAGAUGGGGUUCAUCCGGAUAAGGGAAUAUGGAGUGUUUUGGUUAGGUGUUUGUUUAGUAAGAUUGGGUAUCAAAGUGCAAUAGAUUUGGUUGAUAGAAUCUUGAUUACUUAA